AUGAAGCAGGUGGUUGAGCAGGUGUUUGAUCUUGUCGAUAGUGAGCUCCGUUUGCAAACCAAUGUGGUGUUCCAGUUUGAGCACCAGCUGGUGUACGCCAUGAAAGGAGAGUUUCUGGCGCAGGCUGUUUCUACUCUUUCAUGUGGCGGUGCGUUAGUGGCACAAAUUACCGAACAGCAAACAAAGCCGGUGUUGUUAUUCCAAGCACCGAACAACGCCAUAACGUUAGGUAUCGGCGAGCUGAACAAGAUCAUAAAGAAUUUAGCACGGAACGCCGGUGUAAUGAAUCAACAGUUGUUUGAUAAAUUCAAGGUGUUGUUACGAAUGGAGGCUGGGUGUCAGGUCCAAUUGCCUAAUGGACAAGUGGUGAACAUUUUUGGCCCAACCAAGGGUUUCAAGUGCCCGGAAACGUGGCAACAAUCGAUGAUACGGCAGAUCAACACGCUCGUCCGGUAUAUACGGAACGAUUUGGGGUUCAAGGCACCGCAUAUACUUGCAAUCGUGUUGUCGCUAUUAUUGGUAUCCUGGUCGGUCAUCGAUCUGUGCAACAUUUACGAAGAGUGCAAGAUCAAGGAUGACCUGACGGAAGCCGACAAGCGAGAGUGCUUUGAGCUUCUCAACAGUGUAGAAGCAAUUUUGAUUAAAAUCUGCGACGAGCUGAAGUUCAGAUUUAAUGUCCGUCUUAACGAACUUUUGAAAGCCCUGGUCUUGGAAACUACAAAACUUAUCAGUAAGAUCGACAGAACGAACGAGGAAAUCAAGGAGAGGAUCAAAAUAUUGAAGGAACAAGAGUUCAACCGUACGAUGGCACUAAAUAUAUUUGCAGCGGUCUCCGGAAUCAUCGGCAUGUUCACAUACAUGAACUGGGGCAGUUUGAGUACGUCAAACCGGACAGUCGGAAUAAUCGGCGGUGGAGCCACUACUGGUGGUGCAAUCGCCAUGGCGAUAUCGGUGAAUAGGCUGAUGCAAGCACAAAGAAAGCAGGAAGAAGUGCUGAAUAAUAUGGAGAACUUGAAUGCGCAACUCUCAGACAUCCAAUUUUACGCAUCGGGCUUAGAAUACGAACCUUCUGAUCAUGUGGUUAUCCUCAGACAAUUUGAAGGGUAUUUAACAAGCUUACAACAUUUUCAGACGCAGUUUAGAUGA